CGGGGAAAACGAACGACUGGAAAAUCUCGAUUGGUGUGAAUGUAGAAACUGCAGUGCAAUGCAGACUGGUAUAGAGUGUAAAUGUUGCCACGAGUUUCCAGACCUAGCCGAGAAACUCGAUGGUUUUACAUGUAUAACCCAACACCCUGGUUUUGUUGGAAACUGCUUGAACAGAGAUGUUGUGGAAGUGUCCUUCUAUGAAUUUCUACAACGGAAUGGGCCUAUUGGAGAUGAGGAACCUGUUCAUGAAACAUACAGAUAUGUGGCCUAUCGCAGACUGGCACGUUGGAUUUGGCAUCGUCUCGCAAAACAUGACAGACGUGUGUUACCUUCCUGUGCAGUUACUGCUAUCAGAGCUAACUUCCCUUCUGAGGAAUACACUGGGUACAGAUAUGCUCGGAACUUAUUAUUAUUUCAUUGUCCUGAAAAUCUGGACCUGUGAGCGAGAAUCGCAUCUGACUUCAAAACAUGGCUUGCUCCUGACGAAAGUGGUGGUGGUUAGAUAUACAGUUUAUGAGCAGCAUCCUGUAUUUUCCUGUGAGAGUUGUACGUCUUGCGCAGUCGAAUGAGCUGUGUAUACAGAUCAUCAAUAUAGUCUGAAAUAACCACAAAAAUAGACUUUUCAAUGUUACAUAUAAGAAAAUGUUUUUGUUUUGAAGUGUUUAAUAUGUGAACAUGAAAUUAAAUGUAAUACAGUUA